GGUCCGAAAUGGCACGGGAUGUGUCAUACGUGUCGAUAAAAUCACGUUCCAAGCCGGUGAUCUUUGUGCACUCAUUAGUUUCGAACCGGUUUACGCGAAAAUAUGGCAUCCUCUCGCUGUUGCUCCUGGCAACGCUCGGCGUGCUCUUCUACCGAAGGGUUCUAUUUCCUUGUUCCGUUUCGCAGCAAAAAUACAUACACGAAACACUGCCGCUGUAUCAACGAUCCGUUUCGCUGGUGUUUGGAAACGAAAGCUGGGCGCAAAAGGAGAACGGAGCGGGUUGGAACGACCGAUGGUUACCGAUAGGUGAUCCGGAAAAGAAAUUUAAGAUAUAUUCCGCCUACUUUGAUCCCCGGCUGGAGAUUGUUGAAUCGUACGUUGUUCCCGAUGGCUUCCUUCCGUUCGGUAGUGUUCGUAUAUUUGCGAUAUUACCGUACAAGGUACGAAAAUCGGAUGUCUUUUGCAACUUUAGGUCCGAUAACACCUUUACCGCGCAGCAUCGGGCGGACGAGGUGGAGGCGAUACACGAGCACUGGAACAUGGAGUUUGCCGCUACAUAUGUGAUAUGUAAAUUGGCCGGAAAUGUCAGCAAGCGUACCGCCCGGUUGCCGGAUGAGGUAGCUUUAAGCUAUCACGAUGAGCCUAGCAUGCGUGAAGCCACCACGUUCGUUCGCAUCAAGUACCCCACGGGAACGGAUAUGCUGCAUCGCGCAGCUCCCCCCCGGUCGCUGGCCGUGUGUGUCGGUCCACUGCAUCAUGAUUUUUCCAACGCGCUGCGAGUGGUGGAAUUUUUCGAAUACUACAAACUGAAUGGUGCCGAACGGUUCUACGUGUACAACAAGUCGGCCACGGCAGAGGUGAAUGAGGUACUCCGGCAUUACGAGGCCAGCGGGUUGGUCGAGGUGUUGGAUUGGCAUUUUGAAGGAUACGCGUUCGAGAGCGAACUGCGGUAUGAAGGCAUCUUUGUGGCGCUGAACGAUUGCCUCUACCGCUCCACGGUGGCCGGUGGCUUCCAGUACAGUGCGAUUGUCGACUUCGAUGAGCUGCUGUUCCCGGCCGGCGAUGAAGAAACGCUGCUCGAGUACCUGCAAGCAAACGACCGGUACGACGUACACUCGUUCAACUUUCAAGGUGUGUUUUUCUACGAUAUCUACCCCCCGGACUUCUCUCGUGUACCGGCGUGGGCAAACAAUACCUACCUCUACACCGAAGUGCGCAAUGUGCGGACGAAAAACCCCCUGCUGCACCACAAUCGCAGCAAGUAUGUGCUGAAGGGUCGGAACGUGCUGGAGGCAGGCAACCAUCAGGUGUGGACGGCGGUCCGAGAUACCCGCGAGUACCCCGUUCCAGAAAGUGAAGGAUUGUUGAUGCACUACCGCGACGGUAACCUUGGUUACGAUUAUGAAAAUAUCGUGAGUGAUAAUCGCAUCCGCGACCGUUUCGGAUACACGAUUUGGCGUGUGGUGAACGACCAGUGUGGGCACAUCUUCCCCACGACGGGAGUGUGUCCGCUCGGCCCUGUAAACUAUAAGCAGACUGGAUCCGCACAGUAGCAGCGCAAAACAAACCAACUACGUGUUAGAGAGCUUUGUUUAAAACUUUUAUUUACGAAUUAUAAAUUAGUUACUGCUUACUGUA